UGGGUCUCGAUGAUGAUGAUGCGGGGCUCGGGCUGACCAUCGGCCGCGCUGAGGCUGUCGCUGUGACGACGACAGCAGCUCCUUUGUCGUAUGUUCAGCGCAUCCGCAAGGCCAAGGUACAUCGCGGAAAGCCCCAUCUGCCGACACCGCAGGCACCGCCAAUGGCCGUGCGGCGCAAGGUGCGGUCGCCGCCCGUUGACGAGCCUGCGCUGGAAGACGAGCCAAUCGCGAUUGAGAUCCCUGGACCGAGCUCGACCCUCGUGCGCCGUGUGACGCUUGUAGAUACCAUCUCGCAGCGCAAGCGAGCCGGAGGCAACCUUCGCUCCGCCAGUACGUCCGAGAUGACAGGCAACCAAACCACCGAGUCCCCGCAUUUGCAUCGAUCCCAGAGCGACCACCUGCCGUACGACGGCAACGACGACGACGACGACGAUCCUUUGACACCGCCGAGUUUGCAGUUGGCGUCGCCGCCCCGGCCACCAACCGCGCUACCCGCCACAGUGCCGUUGAUCGACCUCAGCCGUGGCUACUCGCGCACCAACCGUUCGAUUUGGACGAGUGCGCAAGCCAAGGCCAAGCUCCCGCGGGCGGCGCCACCACGGUCCCUCACCUUGUCGGAUGGCGCGGCGUCCGUGCACUCGGGCGACGUCACGUCGUCGCAGUUGGUGGCUGAGAUGGACGUCAUCAAGUGCAUCAUGGUGCGGGAAGCCCUCUUGGAGCGCUUUGGUCGGCUCGUCGCCCAAGUGGAUGAAGCGGUUUUCCACGUCCGCGCCGCAAUGACACCGGCGCCCAUCAGCCGACGUGGGAGCCACCCGUCCGAGACGCCCUUGUCGUUGGAGCCGCCAUCAAGUAGCAAGAAGGCAAAGCGCAAGGCCGAGUUGCAAUCGCUCGUCGCCAAGCGCGACGCGAACGUGAGGAAGCUGCAGCGCGCGAUGGCGGACCUCGUCCGCGUCCGUCCGACGUUUCAGCAGGCGACCAUCGACGUUGUGCUGGCAAUCGAUGCAUGGGCGACUCUGUUUGAGACGCCGGUGCGGCACGCGCUGCAAGGCUCGCCGCCGCGCCGACAGCACUUUGUCUACAGCGGCAUCAACUACCUUCUCAAGAUGCAGUCGGACGUGCGGCCGCUCUUCCGUGGCCUCGCGCUGCGCUUGCUCCUCGGGCGCGACGUGCGCCCGCAUCCACUCCUCCUUGCAUGCGACAGCACCGGGUUAUCAAAGACGUUUUUAACAAAUGUCUGCGACGACGACGACGGUAGCUACGCCUACGCGAUGGAGCCGCAUGCGGCCGACGCUAUGUACCCGAUCAUCCUUCCACACUUGCGUUCGAUCUUGCCGCCUGUUGAUGGUAUCGACACCAACGACCCACUCGUCGCCGCCGCGAUCGACCGCCUCUUCGAGGAAGAAUCGCGCGUGGCCGAAGACGACCGGCUCGCGAUCGAGCGCCGGGAUGUAUAUGUGGCCUCGUACGAUCCGUUCAAGAGCAUUCGCCAACACGAGUCGGUCGACGAUAUCUUCAACGAGGUACUGGAUGCGUCGAAAGAGAUGGCGCUGAAGUGCAAGAUGGCGCUCCGAGCCAAGCAAGAAGACCCUGCGCGGCUGCCUCCUGCGUCGGCCUCUCGGGCGCCCGCCCUCCGCGUCAACGUCCACGAGCUGGCGACCAAAGCAGCGGCCAAGCGCGACGCUCGCACAGCGUUUGUCGCGACCAAGCAGCGGGGCCGUGGCCACGUGCUCGUGCGGCGGCCACCUGAACUGGCGCGCCAGCACCCGCUGCAGCCACACGCGCUCAAAAUCCAGGUGCAGUACCGCCGGUUCAAAUCCCGCCUCGCCGUCCGCACCCAGCUCGUGCGGCUGUUGCAACGUGCGCACGACGCGGCAACCAACAUUCAGCGGGUCUACCGCGGGCAUUGCGCAAAAGGAGUCGCAACCAUGAUGAAGAACGAGCUUUUGGCAAGAACGUUCCUCGUGUUCCGGUCCGCGCGCAAGAUUCAGCGGCAGUUCCGCAUCUCACAGGCCAUGAGCUACGAGCGCGCCAAGCAACAGUACCUCGAGGCCACCCGCCGGAAGGUCCAGCAAGCCGUGGCCAUGAAGGAAGGCAUGGAGCGCAAGAUGACCGAGGUGUACCGCGCCAUGGGCCGGCAGCGCCGCCUGGAGCGGUUCGCACAGGCCGAGCGCGCCAAGGCCGAGCACUUGCGGCAACUCCGCCUCAAGACGCGCGCGGCGAUCGCGAUUCAGAGCUGCUACCGCGGCUAUGAGCACCGCAAAGCGCUUCUAAUGAUGCGCAACUCGGCGCUCCGCGCGCUGCAGACGACAGCCGCAGUUACGAUUCAGUGCCUAGCGCGUUGUCUCCUCGCCAAGGUGCGGCUCAAGCAGCUGCGCUACGACCGCGACAUGGCGCUCGUCCAUCGAUCCGCGACGGCCAUUCAAGCGGCGUUCCGUGGCCACCGCUUGCGCCAUCGCUCGCGGGUGUCCAAGAGUCGCAAAAAGUCGCAGUACCGCCGGUCGCCGGUUCGUCGGCGGGUGUCCAUCUCGCCGAGUGCCAGUGGGCUGCCAUCCGUGGCCAAGACACCUGCGCCGCCCAAGCGCCCGCGCCGGUCGCUGCUCACCGUGCCAGCCGAGCUGCAGAGUCCGCGCGACUACCUCCCACCGCUCCGCCGCCCGUCCCAAGCCUCGAAACGCGAAGAACUCAAACUCAAAGAACCAACCCUCGGCGAUACGUUUUGA